AUGCCAGUUUACAUAAAUAAUAAACUCAUAGAAUUCGAGUUUGAUACAGGGAGUUGUGCAACCAUUGCCAAUGAAGAAGUUUGGGAAUUGGUAGGAAAACCUGAUUUAGUGCCUCCUUCUGCUACCUUAUCUAGUUUUUCCGGGCAUACCAUUGAUCUUAUGGUCACUACUUCUUCAGUAAAAGAUAAUACUACUUCCACUACUACAAAAAUUUAUAAAAUCUUAUCUGGUUAUCCUGAGGUUUUUGAUGCAACCAAAGCUUCACCCAGUGAAUUGUUUCUUGGAAGGCAAAUACGAACUACGUUGGAUCUGGUUAAACCAACCAUUAAUAAAAAAACGGAAUUUCCCGCUAGUAGAUUUAAAAUUGGAGAAACGGUUUGGGUGAAAAUGUUCAAAAACCUAAACACAUAUUCUUGGGAAAAGGGAGCUAUUUUAGAACAAAUAGCAACCAACGUAUGGAAAAUUAAAAUUAAUGACAAAGAAGUCAAAAGACAUUCAAAUCAGAUAAAAUACUACAAAGGAUCGAAUAAUGGUAGUGAGGAGGAAAUAGAAUUGGAACUGCCAGUGAGAGGUUCCAAAACGGGUUCUCCUGUAAGAAAUAACAGACGGUCCUUGCCAAUUGCUCUUCGUAAACCUAAAAGGAAUUGUGGACCUCCUCAAAGGCUAGGUUAUCAGCCAGAGGAAGAGGAGGAAGAAGAAGAAGAGUAA